AUGGCCGGGAGCCGGAGCAAGGCUUCCCUCCGUGUGUGGCUCCUGUGCCCUGCGCUGCUGGGCUGUUUGCUGCUGGGCUUUCUUACAGGAUGGUUUACAAAACUGACGGAGAAAAACCCCAACUCCUCAGAUGUGCAUCAAAACGUGAGACAGAAACUUGUGGCUGAAAUGAAAGCAGAGAACAUCAAGAAAUUUCUUCGUUCAUUUACCAAGUUGCCUCACCUCGCAGGAACUGAACAGAAUCUUCUUCUUGCCAAAAAAAUUCAAGGCCAGUGGAAGGAAUUUGGAUUGGAUUCGGCAGAACUUGUUAAUUAUGAUGUGCUUCUUUCAUACCCAAAUGAAGAGCAGCCAAACUACAUUUCACUAAUUGAUGAGCAAGGGAAUGAGGUUUUCAAUACAUCAUUGUUUGAACCACCUCCACAGGGGUAUGAGAACGUUACUGAUAUACUACCACCAUAUAAUGCUUUUUCAGCACAGGGAGUGCCAGAGGCAGAUCUGGUGUAUGUGAAUUAUGGCCGUACAGAAGAUUUUUUUAAGCUGGAACGUGAAAUGGGAAUUAACUGUACAGGAAAGAUUGUCAUUGCCAGAUAUGGGAAGAUCUUCAGAGGAAACAAAGUUAAAAAUGCCAUAUUAGCAGGAGCCCAAGGGAUCAUACUUUACUCUGACCCUGCUGACUACUGUGCACCUGGAGUAGAUCCUUAUCCAAAUGGAUGGAACCUGCCAGGUGGAGGAGUCCAGCGUGGGAAUGUAUUAAACCUGAAUGGAGCAGGGGAUCCUCUGACUCCAGGUUAUCCUGCAAAAGAGUACACUUUCAGGUACAAGGUUAAUGAAGGUGUAGGGAUUCCUAAAAUCCCAGUUCAUCCUAUUGGAUAUCAUGAUGCAGAAGUGUUACUGCGUGCAAUGGGAGGACCUGCAGCUCCAGACAGCAGCUGGAAGGGAAGUCUCAAUGUGCCUUAUAAUAUAGGGCCAGGAUUCACAGGCAACUCUUCUGCAAGAAAAGUCAGAAUGCAUGUUCAUACAAGCAACAAAAUCACACGAAUUUACAAUGUCAUUGGCAUCCUCAGAGGAGCUCUGGAACCAGACAGAUAUAUUAUUUUAGGUGGUCAUAGAGACUCUUGGGUGUUUGGUGGUAUUGAUCCAACCACUGGUGCUGCAGUUCUGCAAGAAAUUGUACGGAGUUUUGGUAAAAUGAAGAUGGAAGGUUGGAGACCUAGGCGAACUAUUAUUUUUGCUAGCUGGGAUGCAGAAGAAUUUGGAUUAUUGGGUUCCACAGAGUGGGCUGAGGAAAAUGCCAAAGUCCUUCAGGAACGGGCAGUCGCUUACAUCAACGCAGAUUCUUCUAUAGAAGGUAACUACACAUUAAGAGUUGACUGUACCCCUCUUCUCUACAAACUGGUGUAUAAUCUGACAAAAGAGAUUUUAAGCCCUGAUGAGGGUUAUGAAAAUAAAUCUCUUUAUGAGAGCUGGCUGGAGAAAGAUCCCUCAUCUGAAAAUAAUAACUUUCCCAGAAUAAAUAAACUGGGGUCAGGCAGUGAUUUUGAAGCUUACUUCCAGCGACUGGGAAUUGCAUCAGGCAGAGCUCGUUACACCAAGAACAGGAAAGCAGACAAAUUCAGCAAUUAUCCUGUUUAUCACACUGUGUAUGAGACAUUUGAGCUAGUGGAAAAAUUUUAUGACCCCACCUUCAAGAAACAGCUAACAAUUGCCCAGUUACGAGGAAAACUGGUUUAUGAACUGGCAGAUUCCCAGGCCAUUCCAUUUGACUCUAGAGACUAUGGAGAAGCGUUAAAAGGAUACAGCAACAGAAUUUAUAAAUUAGCCAAGAAGCAUGAGGAACAGCUGAAACUUUACAAAGUAUCAUUUGAUCCUCUUAUUUCUGCUGUGGUGAACUUCUCAAAGGCUGCUUCUGAAUUUCACAGGAGACUUGAACAAGUUGACAAGAAGGAUUCGAUUGCAGUGCGCAUCAUGAAUGAUCAGCUGAUGUUGGUAGAAAGAGCUUUCACUGAUCCUCUGGGCUUGCCAGGAAGGAAGUUUUACAGACACGUUAUCUUUGCUCCAAGCAGCCACAACAAAUAUGCAGGAGAAUCCUUCCCAGGAAUCUAUGAUGCCAUGUUUGAUAUCGAAAGCAAAGCUGAUCAACGUGAAGCCUGGGAAGAAGUGAAGAGGCAGAUUUCCAUUGCAGCAUUCACUGUGCAGGCAGCAGCAGACACAGUGAAGGAAGUAGCAUAGGAUGAGGGCUUUGAAAACUCCCACAGCAGAGUGGGGCACACAGAGUUGUCGGGCUGCUGCAGUGUCCCAGUGUCCCUGACUGCCUGAGUCUCCAGCCUCCCAAACCACAUGGCAGGCGAGCACAGCUCUGUGUGCCAGAGAGCUCCUGAGCAAGGAAUUGCUGCAUCUCUACUACUGACAGAACGGCAGCUUCGUGAACAACCCUGGGUGGAAGCAAAUUUGGAUGUGGGAAGGGGGGGAAGCAGGAUCUUCCAGCUUUGAGGACCCAAUGUUUUGGAUGUAUAGUUAUGAAAACAAUUAUUUGCCAACCUACAUGCAAAUUUUGUCCACAGCAGUGAUCAACAUCACACAUUUUGAUGGAAAAAAUGCAAUACUCACCCUGUACAUUUUUCUUGUUCUGAUAACUACUUUUAUAACAGAAGACACCAAAGGCAUCUCUGCCUUUCAGAAUCUAUUUUGCAGGACUGGUGAAUGCUCUUUACACUGAUUUGCUUUCUUUUCCUUGAAAAAAAUAAGUGACUCUCCUACUGGUUGCCAAAGCAGUACUGGCCAUUCUUGAUAAUCAAGGAAAACAGCUGCUUGUGCGCAGAAACCCAAAAGCACACUUUCAGUGGAGUGCACAUUCAUCCCUCUGAUAGUCUCCAUGCAUCUCCCUCCUUUGAAAAAGUGCAAAUCUCUCUCCCUGCUCUUCUUGGCACCUUCUCUAGUUCUGAACCCAUGGCAGCUUUUGUUCCUAUUUUCUCCCAGGCAAUCUCUUUCAUAUUUUUUCAUCUGAAGGAGCUGGAGGACACUUACUAUCAGCAUGGAGCUUGAGAUAAUUCUGUCUUCAAGUAAGACCUGAACGACAUUUCCCAGUAGGAGCUGAUUUGACAUUCAAAGAGGAACUGAAAUGCUUGAGAAGGCCAGUUGUACAAAACUGUUUAGUUUGUAUAAAAAGAGAAAAAACUUAAAUUUCUUGCUUCAUUUGCCCUUUAGGCAUAAUUCUCAUCUACUUGCUUUAAAACUAAUAAAAUUGCUAGAAUUUUACUGAAUCAUAUUCCAGCUUGUAGAAACUGACAUUAGCCAGUUUCAUCUCUUAUGUAAAAUAUACUACACUUUUUCUCACUACCAUAAAUUGCACCACGUUGUAGGAAUAAAAUCUUAGUUUUAUGGGGAAUAGAACAGAUGUGGCCUUAAAAAGGAGAGAGUUAGAAAAGCAGGACAGGGUUAAUGUUCUCAUCUCAGAUGCCUUGAAUUCAAACACGGGAACCAGAAAUAAUUUGUGGGAAGCUGUUUUGGGGGAUAUAUGCCAGCAAGAAGAGAGGGUGUCACUGGCAUUGCCUCCAGUACACCUCCACGAAGGAUGAAGGAUUGUGUGCUUGUGGAUGUUGUUCUCAUACCUUACUAGUAGCUCAGUUGCUUUUUGCAGAUCAAACCUUAGGCACAUGAGGAGGAAAUUACACUUCUACAGUCCAUUCUGUUGGGAAAUGGAGUGCAAAACUGACUUUGCUAGCACGCACAUAAGAGACAGGAGUAGCUGAUGCUGGGGCACAGAACAGGUGAUUCUUUUCCUCUGCUCUGGCAAGGCUCCACCUGGAGUGCUGCUUCCAGCCCUCAGGCCCCAACAUAACAGCCAUGUGGGACUAUUGGAGCAAGUCCAGAGGAGGCUGUGAAGAUGAUCAAAGGGCUGGAGAAUCUCUCAUGAGCACAAGACUGAGAUGGCUACGGUUGUUCAGCCAUCUGGAAAGAGCAGGCUCUGGAAAGACAUUAUUCACAGCCUUUGAGUAGCUAAAGAAGGCUGAAGAGGGAUUAUUUACAUGUGU